AUGGAGGCGUCUUGUUUAGCGAGCAGGAGUUGCGUCGCUCUCACAUACGAACCGUGCCGUAGGCUAGAUGGUUCGUUUUCUCGUUCUCGGAGUCUUAGACCCGUCUGGGUUCUCCGUGCCGCGCAUCACGACGGCGGAAAGCGCGCGACGCCCCAUACACGCCGUGAUUCCGCCAUUGCGGGAGCGGCGGACUCCGCAAGGCGACGGUCCGCGCGCGCCAAGAUCUUGUGGGGCCGACCGAAACCCAGCGAAGCCGGCGGAAGGCGGCGCACUAGCAGCGCCGCAACUGGCGGCGGAGGCAGGGCGCUUAGUCCGAGCCGCGGCAGGGUCGAGUAUCCGGACGGCGGCGUUUUCAGCGUGGACGGCGAGGAUGACGAGGACAGCGUCUUUCACUCCGUUGUCAUUCCCAGCCCUCGCGCGACGCUCGACACGCUCCAUCUCGCCGCGUCUGCCGCCGCAAGCGCCGCUGCCAGCCCUUCACCCGCGUCGCCCUCAUUAGCAGAACCGCCACGACCGGACUCGUCGGCGCAAGCUGCGGGUACUGCCUCUGCUGCUGCCGCUCCUCCUCCGCCGUCCACGUCAACCGCGCCUGCCACGUCAGCCACGUCUGUUGGCUCCGCUGGCCAUUCCCGGGGCGCUGUGGGCAAGAAAAAAAGCCGCCUGGCGAAAGGCAAGGCCGCCGUUUCAGGAGGGACGGGCGGGACGGGCGGCGGCGGCAACGGCGGCCCGUUUAGCGAGCGACCCGUGAUUGACGAGAUCAAGAAGGUGGUGCCUGGUGGCGGCGACGAGCCUCACUACCGGCAUAGCCCGCAGGAAUACGAGAUCUGGCAUAUUGACGACGAGGGGAAGCGGGUCUUGGAGAAGCUCGGUCAGAAAGCUACUGCAGCGGAAGGGCAGGCUGUGAACGGGCAGGGUAACAAGCAGAGAGUGAAGGAUCAGGCGGCGUCCGCUGCGGCGGCGCGACCGGCGCUGCAGCAGGAGCUGAUGACACUGGCCAAGGAACCCGUCUACCAGGUGCUGGAGGUGAACGGACGCGGUGACGUGUGGCAACGGGAAGUGAGCCGACGACAGCUGCUGAAGCUCAGUGGGCUGACCCAGCGGGACGUGCGGCGCAUAGACCCCUCGCUCUGGGUCACCAACUCCAUGCCCGCCAUCCUCGUGCGCGACAGCGCCAUACUGCUGAACCUGGGGUCACUGCGAGCCAUCUCCACCGCCCACACCGUCCUCAUAUUCGACUACAACAGUGUGGGAGCGCAGUCGUUCGUGGAGGUGCUGCUGGAGCGCCUGCGCCUCGAUGCAGACGUGUCCAUCAGUGGCGGGCCCGCCGUGCCCUUUGAACUCGAGGUGGUGGAAUCAGCCCUCAUCUCCCGCACCCAGCGCCUGGAAUCCGCUCUCAUGGAUAUCGAACCGCGCGUGCUGUCCCUCCUCGAGGUCCUCCCCAACCGCCUGACAGCCGAUAACCUGGAGGAGCUGCGGCUGAGCAAGCAGGCGCUGGUGGAGCUGGGGUCCAAGGCGGGCGCGCUGAGGCAGAUGCUGCUGGAGCUGCUGGAACACACCAAUGAGCUCAGGCGCAUCACGGCUAUUGAUAGGCAGUGCCGGGUUAAUAAGGACGGCGCGUUCGAGUGCCCCACCGCUGCUGACACUCUGCUGGCUGAAGAGGAGGAGCAGGAGAUAGAGAUGGUGUUUGAGUACUAUCUACAGAGGUGUGAGUCGUGCCACGGGCAGUCGGAGAAGCUACUGGACUCGGCCAAGGAGAUGGAGGACUCCAUCGCCGUCAACCUCAGUUCACGGCGCUUGGAGGUGGGGCGGUUGGAGCUGCUGCUGCAGGUGGGCACCUUCGCUGCAGCGUUGGGAGCACUCAUCGCAGGUAUCUUUGGCAUGAACCUGCGCAAUCGCCUCGAGGAGAGCGCGCUUGCCUUCUGGACAGCCACAUUCGGCAUAGUGUUUGGCGGCGUGUUGCUCUUCCUGGCCAUGCUUGCUUACCUCAAGCACCGCCGCAUUCUCUGA